AUGUGUAAAAAUCUGCUGCUCACCAUGUGGAUGUAUUUAAAGGCUAUUUAUAUUCCCUCUCAGAUUGGUAUGGCAUCGUUGUUUAAGGAGAAUCCAGAUCGGCCCAACUGUGUGCACUCUAAAAUCUUUGCCAAGCUGAUCAAUGGUGUACACACUGAGUUUGCUGUCUUGGUGUACAGCAAUCGGAUCUUUGUAACUGUUAGUCAGUGUGGGAAGAUUGGGAACCUCUUCAGUGUCCAUCAGGAAUCCUCACAGGACAAGGGUGCCUUUUCUGCCAAGGCAUUAACCAUCUUUACCAUAAAGUGUCUCCUUGGAGUGGACUCGGAGGAGACAGAACAGUCUGUUCGAUUGUUGGCAGAGAAACUUGAUACAUCUCUGCCGUUACUGAUAUCCCUCACCCUGCCUUCCCUUGACCGCUCCACAACUGUACAGGUUGCAGAAGCUUUACUGGAGAAAAGGUGUUGGUAG